AAUGGGCCUGGAAAUCGUUGAUCCAUCUUCCUCCCACUUGCAGAUUGAGUCUGCUCUCUCGUGAAUAUACAUAAGUUUUCUAUAAGCAGCGACUGUUACAAUUUUCUUGAAGCAAACCAGCCUGUAUUGUAAGCUGCGUAACUGAGAAGUAGUCAUUCGACUACAAACUGAACUAUCAGCAGUGUUGUUUACACCCCCAGUCCCAAAACCGCCAUUCUCUCCGUCCUGUUUUGACUUUCCGAGGAAGUUAGACGAGAAAUCUGAGCUUCGUAUCCGAUCGAUAAUGUCUCAGACCGGGAAAUUGACGCCGAAUCUGGAUCAUCAGAGCACCAAGCUACUUAAUCUCACUGUGCUACAGAGAAUCGAUCCUUUCAUUGAAGAGAUUUUGAUUACCGCUGCGCAUGUCACCUUCUAUGAGUUCAAUAUCGAGAGCAAUCAAUGGAGUCGCAAGGACGUUGAAGGAUCUCUAUUUGUUGUUAAAAGGAAUGCUCAACCACGUUUCCAGUUCAUUGUGAUGAAUAGACGGAACACAGAUAACCUAGUGGAGAACUUGUUGGGAGAUUUUGAAUAUGAAGUUCAACUUCCGUAUUUGUUAUACCGAAAUGCCACCCAAGAAGUUAAUGGCAUUUGGUUUUACAAUCCCCGUGAAUGUGAGGAAGUUGCUGAUCUCUUUAGUAGGAUAAUAACUGCAUACUCGAAGGCUCCUCCUAAUGCAAAAGUGUCCUUGAGCAAAAGUGAGUUUGAUGAACUUGAAGCAGCCCCAAGCAUGUCAUUCAUGGAAGCCCCUCCAGAGCCAUCAGCAACUGCAUCUACUGUAAUUGAAGGCCCUCAAGAUCAAUCAUUUCUAAGCGCAUUUAAUGUUGCUUUGAAUAUUGGAAGUAAUGCUUCAAAUGUAGCAAUUUCAAGACAGCCCUAUCAUUCUACCUAUGCACCCAGUGCCAUGCCGGCUCCUUCACCAACUCCUCAAGCAUCUUUUCAUCCUCUUCCUGCUUCAUCUACUGCAAACCUCUAUGACAUGCCUGAUCCAAUUAGCGGCACCAAUAGGAUUACUAAUCUCGUGAAACCUUCUUCUUUUUUGACGCCCCCUGCAUCCUCCUCCACGAUGGUGCCUCCAAUCUCCUCAUCUCUGCCAACUGCUGCUGCUGUUCAUCCUCCACUAAAUUUAGAGAGGCCACAUGGCACUCCAUUGCUUCAACCCUUUCCUCCUCCUACUCCACCACCAUCUCUUACUCCUAAUUACAAUUUGACACCAGUUUACGGACCUCAUAUUUCCAGGGAUAAAGUUCGUGAUGCACUUCUAAUACUUCUUCAGGAUGAUCAAUUUAUUGAUAAGUUCUACCAAGCGCUGCUCAACGUACACAAUUCAUGAGGAACGACAGGUACCUGGCUUUCCUGUUGCAGUUUUUGUCCGCGUUAACAUCUUCCAUGAACAACCUUCACUCAGGUCCUUAGAAGACAGCAUCCGAGACCAAUGAAAAGGGUUUGAAAAGUAGGCUUUUCGUGCGUGACAGAUUAGUGUCAUUCCCAUCAAUGAAAUGCUUGUAAAAGUUGUAGUAACACUUUUCUCGACCAUAAUGUUUUGAUGCAUACUUGCUAGUUGUUUAGAUCAAGUUGUAUUAAUCUCUACCCUAAUAUUUUUGCUUCUUAGAUGUUAAUACGGGGACAAUUUGUAACAAAUGUUGAUAAACUGUAGACUCGUACGGUAUCUUUUUUAGCAGUAAAGUUGAGGUUUAGCUGCGAAGGAGUAAUGCCCGUUAA